AUCUAAACACAGGUGCACUCGUACUUUACUGAAGGCCAUAUAUCUGAUGUCAUUUGAUGUCCUGCAGGUUUGGGUGCAAUUAAUUCAUUUCCAGGACGCGCUAUUCUUAUCUAACAAAAAAUAAAAGUACAUUAAACUUCCUGUUUUUGUCUAUAAUCAAUAUGGUUUGUGUGGGAAGCCACAAAGAAAAAAGCACCUUUUCAUAUUCACUUGUGCUUGAUGAUGCUGCACCUAAGUCACACACACACAUGUUUCUGGUGCUGAUUCAGAAUGAGAAGAGGAACUGACAGCGUUUUGUAGUUUCCUGCCAAAUGUGCAGAAAGUCUGGGUCAGGUUCACAUACACACAGAAACACACACACAGCAUCCGUACACCCCCGCGCACGCGCCUCUCGAUUACAUCUUCAUCAACUGACAGUUGUGACGAAUGGCCAGUGGAAAAGAAAAACUAAUUAGUCAUUGUAACAAUUGAGUUUUCCAAUCUUCAGAAAGAAGUGGUUUUCCAGCGUCCUCAAGGAUUCUUAUAUAAGGUGAUUGUGUACCUGUCGACAGUAUGACGGACAUCAAUCCAAGCAGCUUUAGAGAAGGAACAGAAGAAACUUUGCAGCUUCACCAUGAAGGCAUCUGUGUGUUUUGCGUUUGCAGUGGUUUGUUGGUUCGCAGCGCAGGCAGAGGAGUCACCGAAGUACCUCUUCCUCAAAAAAGUUAUGAAUGAACUCGACAGGAUCAACAAUGGAUUGGAAACGAACAAAAGCAUAACUUUGAACUCACCCACCAUCAAUGAUUUAGAGGACUGCUGCGUUAAAUCUGCUCUGAACUGUUUUCAGUCCAAAGUGCUUUAUCUGCCAGUCGUUGAUAGCAAACUAAAGACGUUACAGAAGAUCAUCCAAAAAGAGCUUCUCAAAAUUGUGAACCGUGUGCCCAAUUGCAAACCCAAAGAGCUAGAGAAAGCUCAGUGCAAACAAUGUGAUUCGUACAAGGAGGUUGACAGCCAAACAUUUGUGAAGAAUUUAAAAACUCUUCUGCAAAAGAUGUAUGCCAGUUAACUGUAGAGAUGAAAGAGAGAAGAGACUGUGUAUAUGACACUACCUGACCAAACCACAGAGAAGAGGCUCACACACUCCGCUGCUUCUGCUCUUCUAUUUAUUGAUUAUUUAUUGAAAGUUUUCUUGCAUAUUUUAACUAGAGGAUCUGUUAAAGGAUUGUUCAUGACUUUGACAUGUUUUUAGGAACAGGGCAACAGCUUCUUUAAGAAAUUAGAUAUUUGUUAUUUAAUGACAUGUAUUCGUUUUUUGUUAUACCGUCACCUUGAGGUGAGAUCCCAGCACUGUUGCUUUCAUAACAGCCUUGUUCCUGGAAAGAAGGGUGGUUUCCCUGAUGAAGAUUAAGUCUUAUGCAACAACACAAGGGCUUUCGAGUAGAUUUUUCACUUUAAGUAUGCUAGGAAUUUUAUUCUUAACUCUGUCAGGAAAACCACUCAUUUAGAUGAUGUAUCUUAAAAAAAGCAGA